AUGUGGUCUCUUUGGGACUACUGCAAACAACGCUAUUCGUCGCGUGAUUUAAAGACGCAGACGGAAUCGAUGGACGCCGUGACGCGGCAAUCCUUGACGCAAAAGAUUGUGGAAACCCUCAACGAUCCGGGCGACGCGGAACAAGGCGGCGAGAAUGUGGAGGAGAUGCUGUCCAAAAUCGAGGUGGAAUUAACUCAAGCCAAUACAACGCUCACGACGUUGGAGGGAAAGGAAGAAUUCUUGUCGAUUCGAAUUCGCAAAUAUCAGCAACUCUUGAAAGAGCAAGAUGAGCAUUUGAAUAGCAGCAACAACCAAAACAACGAUAGCACAUCAGCAACAACAAGCCACACCAAUAAUACCGAGCACCCGGAGAAACUGGAAAAACAACAAAAGAACAAGGAAGCGCUUGGCAAGGUAGUGGACGUUCAUUUGACCAUACUCAAGAGCAUUAAAGACUGCCAACGCAUCAUUGCCUCAUUGGAACAAAAGAAAUUCGAACUCACCAAUGUCACCAAACAAUGUCGAGAAUUUCUAGUCAUGGCCGAAGAAGCCGAGCGAGAACAGCAGUUGGGGGUGGUGGUCGAUAAUGACGAAACGGAUUUGUUGUUGGUACAAAGUCGACAACAAUCCGAUGACGACGAUGACGACAAAGAAACGCAACCAGAAGAGCGGGAGGAGGAUUUGCCAGCAAAAGAUCCCGACAAUCAGCAACAGCAAAGUAAUCAACCCGCGUCGCCCUCGGCCGAAGAGGUUCUGGAAGCGAGACCAAAGGUGAAGCAAACGGAAGACACAGCCGAAUCCCACACGGAAGAAACAGUCCGAACGAAGGAAGAGAAGGAGCCACUCAUGGAACCAACCCAAUGA